UAGGUCGAUUUUUAUUUUAAAAAAAGUUUCAUAAAUACUUUGAUCGAAAAAGAAGUUGCUUUGUUUUCUCGGGAAAAUGGAGUCAAAUUCAUGGAGCUUUCGAUUCUCCAAUUCUUCUUCUUCUUCGUCUUCAUCUUCGACAAGGCGUCGCCAAUCUCGAUCCGAUCUGUUUCUGGGAGGAGGGUAUGAAGAAAUUGAUGGAGACGAGGAUUUCAAGGCGCAAUUUUUAUGUCCGUUUUGCGCUGAGGAUUUCGACACUGUUGGACUCUGUUGCCACAUCGAUGAAGAACAUCCUGUUGAAGCCAAAAACGGGGUGUGUCCAGUUUGUGCGAAGAGAGUCGGAAUCGAUAUCGUCAGCCACAUUACCAUGCAACAUGGGAAUUUUCUUAAGGUGCAGCGCAGGCGGAGAUUACGCAAGGGUGGAUCCAAUUUGACAUUCUCUAUGUUGAGAAAAGAAAUGAGAGAAGGAAAUUUGCAGGCUCUUCUUGGGGGAUCUUCAUUUGUUUCUUCCUCCAACAUUGAAGCCGAUCCUUUAUUGUCUUCAUUUAUGUUUAGCCCUCCAACAGGUGAAGAACCUUUAAGCUUGCAACCUCUUUCUAUCGCUGAAGCAAGUGCAGUAAAGGAAAGCAGAAAUAAAGAAUCUUUGGAAAGAAAGCCUCAACAUGCCCAAUUGUCGGACAAGGAUCACGAGGAGAAGGCUCGAAGGUGUGAGUUCAUCCAAGGGCUGUUGAUGUCCACCAUUCUUGAUGAUAACUUAUAAGCUAAUUGGGGUGAAUUUGUAGUGGUUAUGCCAAUAUAAUGUUAGGUCUGAGAGAGUAAAGCAUAAAGAGGACCUUCACCCUACCUCAGAAACGGUAACCGGUUAGCUCCGGAACUUUAUAUUCCUAAUGUACUUCGAGCUAGUGUGCAUAAUGAAAAGAUGGAAGAACUUUAUCCUAUA